AUGACAGACGUAUCGCUGAUUACUGCCCUCAGCGUCCUACCGCCUCCCCCACGGUAUCCUACCCAGGCCGCAUACAAUGCUGCCGUCGGUGCUGGCCAUAUCCCGCCCAUGAUAGAGACCAACAAUAUUCUCUCAAAUCCCGAGGACCAUUUCUUGGUCGGAGAGGGUACCUAUGUCCUCAAGGAAGACUUACAUCUUGCGACUCCUCCUCCACACCCUUCAGAGGCGCCUGUGAUCAACCCGAACCCACUCGCGACGAACCCUCAGCCAGCCACUGCCGGAACCAAGGUAUCGUUGAUCAACCUCGACGCCCGGCCGGCUCCAUUCCAGUACAGAGGCAUCUCAGCGACGGGCCUCGGGCAGUCGAGUAUACAGGAACACCCACACGAGGACAAUUCGAGAGACCCAACCAUCAGCGGCAGUGAAGGACGGGCAAAUUCUAGCGAUGCGCCUCUGUCAUUAGGCUCCGCCCCAGCGUUUGGGGAGGGGACUGCGUUGCUCGUGGCGCCGAACUCUAAGGACGCGAACAAGCGGAAGAAGCCCAAGAAUAACAUGACAAAGAGCAACUCAUCAUUUAUCAGUAGAGUGAUCGUUAAUGAGUCGCUGAGUAAGAGGAUACAGGAACGUCCGACAGACGGGCUAUAUGCCUUUGCUAAUAUCAAUCGCGCAUUUCAAUGGCUUGACAUGUCGGCAUCUAAUAAGGGCGUUAUAAAUGGAACUCCCGUUUCCCAGAUCAAAUGGAUACCGGGAUCAGAAAAUCUGUUUCUCGCAUCACAUAUGGACGGAUCACUUGUGGUCUAUGACAAGGAGAAAGAGGACGCCAUCUUUUCAUCAGAGCAGGAGAGCAGAGAGAAUGGCGAGGUCGAGCUGACCAACGGUACGAACGGGGUCAACACCUAUAAGAAUGGUAUCCAGGUCCAGAAGUCUGUCAACUCCAAGAACCAGAAAUUCAACCCAGUCGCAGCAUGGAAGCUCUCAAAUCAACGCAUCAAUGCCUUCGCCUUCUCACCAGAUAACCGACAUUUGGCUGUCGUCUCGGAGGACGGCUCGCUACGAAUCAUCGACUACCUGAAGGAGGAUCUGCUUGACCACUUCCACUCGUACUACGGCGGUCUCAUCUCCGUUUGCUGGUCCCCAGAUGGGAAAUACGUCCUCACCGGUGGACAGGACGACCUCAUUUCGAUUUGGCACGUCCCCGAGUCCGUUCUCAUUGCGCGGUGCCAAGGCCAUCACUCAUGGGUGACGUCUGUGGCUUUCGAUCCAUGGCGAUGCGACGACAAGAAUUACCGUUUUGGCAGCGUUGGCGAGGAUCGCCGGCUGUGUCUAUGGGACUUCAGCGUCGGCAUGCUACACCGGCCUAGGGGAGGAGGCGCCGCCGGUGCAGCAUCGGUCCGCCAGCGAGGCUCGAUCGCCUCCAGGUUGACGACAUCGCAGCUCACACGUGCGGAAACGCAAGGAACCUCGGCGAGCAGGGUACGGUCCAACUCAGCCAACUCCGCAAAUGGUGAUGGAGAGGACGGCUUCACGGGGCCACACGCCGUUGAGCCAAGAGCAAACACAGCAAUACUGCCACCUGUGUUGACGAAGGUUGUGGACACGGAUCCGCUGUGUUGGCUAGAAUUCACAGAGGAUGCCAUUGUGACGAGCUGCAAGUCUGGACACAUUCGCACUUGGAACCGCCCGUCAGACUCGACGGCUCCUGUCGGUGAGACCUCGGCCAGUUGA